AAACCGUUAUCCUGUGCACUAUGUAGGGCGCGUCUGAAGUGAGUAGGCUGCCAUUUGGGUUCAGCCAUGAAGUGAGACUGGCGGUGACUCCAGAUAACGUUUAUUGACUCCUGCCCGUUUCCCCCGAGUUUGACUGAACACUUAACGUGACGCUGUUAAACUGUUUGUGUUUAAGGUGUGUUUCUGAGAGAGUUUACACCACGAUUCCACCCUGUAUAUUUAGGAGCCAUGGGCAUUUUGCGUGUGUUUUCACUCACCUUGGCGAGAAUCGCCACCUUCAGACUUCAUCAGCUUGCUCUGCUCCUUGCUGCAGCCCUGGCUGUGAUCGCUUUCUACUAUUUAGGUGCAGAAAAGCAGAACUUCUCCAGCACCACCAAGCGAAUCAAGGAGACGCAGACGAGUCACAACUCCAAUCGCAACGACGCUGACUUCUCAGCGGACACCAGAUCUGCACAUCACGAGGAGAGCCGAGCAGGAAAACGACAGACCUACCAUGCUCUCAUGAUGUUCACGAAGAUUAACUCGAGCCGAACGAUGCAGAGCAAGUUUAAGGUGGCCUUGCGCUCCAUGGCAAAAUAUGGCCGUUUCCAGGAGGAUGAAAUUCUGGUUCUUCAUUAUGUUUCUGAUGGAGGCAGUAAGGAGCUGGCCGUGAGGAUGCUUCCUGAGCUGCUGCGUGAUGCGACCUUUCAGUAUGAGGUGGUGUUUCAUGAUGUUAAUAGUCUGACGGAGAAGCUCUUCCCUAUUGUCGAGGCCAUGCAGAAGCAUUUCAGUGCAGGCUCUGGAGCCUAUUACAGUGAUGCCAUCUUCUUUCUUUCUGUGGCUAUGCAUCACAUUAUGCCUACAGAGAUGAAGCGUAUCGUGCAGUUGGACCUGGAUCUCAAGUACAGGACUAACAUUCGAGACCUGUUCCAACAGUUCAAGCACUUCCAUCCGGAAGCAGUGAUAGGAAUCGUCCGAGAGAUGCAGCCAGUGUACAGACACACCUUCUGGCAGUAUCGCAAGGAAAACCCCAAGUCCCAUGUGGGUGAUCCCCCUCCCGAUGGCCUCCCCGGCUUCAACAGCGGUGUGAUGCUGCUGAAUCUGGAGACCAUGCGCCGCUCUGCGCUCUACAAUCGCCUCCUUGAGCCUGAACGUGUCGCCCAUCUCACUGAGAAAUAUCACUUCCGGGGCCACCUGGGCGAUCAGGACUUCUUCACCAUGAUAGGCAUGGAGCACCCAGAGCUCUUCCACCAUCUUGACUGUGGCUGGAACCGACAGCUGUGCACCUGGUGGAGGGACCAUGGCUAUGGCGAUGUUUUUCAGAUGUACUUUCGCUGCGAUGGACCCGUGUACAUUUACCAUGGAAACUGCAACACUCCUAUACCCGAUGACUGAGAGCUACAAGAAGUAUUUACACAGUUUGAACCAUCUGAAAGAAGUCUGCUCCAUUGCGAGCAAGGUUCUGUGGGGCUUGACCAAUUAGUUGAGUAUACAUGCUCAAGCUUUAAAUUGGAUAAAUAAUGUUGAAAAACACUGAGAUAAAUGGAAAAAAUGACUCGGAGAAAGAGACUAGCUUAUGCUUUGAUUCUUUAGCUUGUGUUAUCACACAAUUUGCCAUAUGCAACCAGUACCCCUUUACGUGCUUUGCUUUUUGUUCAUAUGGCAUUCAACUUUGGAAUGAAUUCCAGCUGUGUCCCCUGCAUUUCAGCAUAAAUAAUGUAACGUUGCUUUUUAUCUGAACUAUGCUGCGGUGUCUGAUCUGGCUGCACGUUUUCAAGCUUUAGUUGUUUUCCAAUGCUGGGGUAAGGAUCAAUCAUUUCUCUUUGUGUGCUGCCCCAUGAUGCAGGUGGAGGUCUGAGCAGUGGAAAAGCAUGCCAACUUCUCCAUAUAGCCAGCUGCAGCCAGAAAGAGUGGAGAGUGCUGGCACUCACAAUAUCCCUUCACGUUACUGGCACUGAGAACCAGGUUUUGCGUUUCAGUCCUGACCGUAAUAUAAUAGCACCCCAGCAGUUGCUUUAGAGCAAAGAGCAGAGCAGAAACCGCACCAUUGCAAUAGCAUUUCAGGGAGGGAUUAAUGAGUGAAGUAGUAAAGCAUGUUGACAUGAUUUUCAUUUUGAAAUCCUGAUAGUCAGCUCCAGGCUUUCUCAUGCGCUGUGCAAGUUCAUGCCUGCUGUUGAAAAUUAGAAAGAACUAGAUGUGUACAUUUUCUGAAGAAAAUGUGAAUGGUGCUCACCGUGGCAAAACUCGGCACUGUAGCCAUCCAGCAUGUGUCUUGAAGUUGCUGGGGCGGUUGCUAGGGUGUUGCUAUGCGGUUGCUAGGAUACUUGGGGUGGUUGCAAGGGUGUUGCUAUGUGGUUGCUAGGGUACUUGGGGUGGUUGCUAGGGUGUUGCUAUCUGGUUGCUAGGAUACUUGGGGUGGUUGCAAGGGUGUUGCUAUGUGGUUGCUUGGGUACUUGGGGUGGUUGCUAGGGCGACUGCUAAGGUGUCCAGGGUGGUUGCUAGGGUACUCGCUAGUGGUUGCUAGGGCGUGGCUAGGAAGUGGUGAAGGUGAUUCAUGAUUGGCUGUUUGCUGCCCCGAGUCAAACAAGCCCACCCCCAUGUCUCUAUGAGACUGUGAUCCAAAGAUAUCCAUCUGGGUUUUUAUAAUGGCAGUAUAUGGGAUCUGUUGCUAGGGUGUCCUAAAUGGUUGCUAGGGUGUGGCUUGACAGCUUCACAGUGAUCCUGAGAGUCUGAUUGGUUGGCUGAGUAAAAUGAGCCCGCCCCCAUGUCUCUAUGACAUUGUGAUGCAGCGUUAUGUUCAAUGCAAAAUUCCUAUGUAAAUUACCAUAGUAGGAAAAACUUUGGGGCGCUCUUGCGCCCUAGGGGUACAACUUAUACCCCACUGCGGGGUAUUAUCUCGCACAGCUUGCCAGCCUCUUCAAAUGUGGUGAUUUACAUGUUUCUGCGAAAUUCUCGCUCUGAGCUACGAGUCGUCAAAGUUGGCCGCAAUGUUAAAUCUAUGGGAAUCUAUGGGUGCAACCAUCGUCCGCUCGAUCGCUUAUAAAAGUCAUAGCACGCCUCUCCUCAAUAAUCCACACGAUUUGACACCUCUUUCGUUGGUCUGUGACAAACGGUGCGGGACGAGUUUCGCGCAGAAGUUUUGUGUGUAAGAAGAAGAAUAAUAAGUAUGCAAGAUAAUAAUAGUGAUUCUUUGCUUCGCAAGCACCACUAAUUAGUUGCAUUACCGUAAAUAAACAGAGCAGACAAGCCAAAAUGUUUUUAACACAUGGCAGAUUGGUAUAUGGCUAGUUUCCCAGAAAAAGCCUUUCUUAGUGAGAUGCAUCAGCAUGCCCCAUGGGUGGGAAUUGGGAUUCCAGUUAUUCCAGCAGGAUCUACUUCCACUCAGUACAAGGAACAGGCAUUGUGUUAGAUUUGCUUGGCUGGUGCUUACUAAGCAAGGAAGGUUUUGGCAGACUUCCCACAGAGUCUAAAGGUAUGUAAUAAUCUACACUGUGUCAUAUCAGAGAGUUGCUGAGAGUUUUCUUUCAAGUAAAGUAAUCUGUAGGGGUGUAACAACAGACCAAAUUCCAAAUCUGAUACUGUCUGAUAUGGUGUUGUCUUCAUUGUGGUACACUUUCUAUACAGCAUAAAUAGGUAUUGCCUGAAUAUUUAGGUUUCCAAUUUCAUUAAAAGUUCAUCAGACAUUCAGGAUUAUAAAAGUACAAUAAUUGACACUUAAUAAUGGCACAGUGUUUAUGUGAAUCAUUCAGAUUCUUAGCCGCAUAUAGUGGAAUAAAGGGUUGCCAGGUGUGAGCAAAAUGUCCAUCCCAAAUACAUUUCAAAAACCACAGGAUAAGGCCUGAAACUAGCCCAAAAAGUUUGGAAAACAGAGACACAUUUUAACCUACUUAAUUGUUCGACUUGCCACCUUGUUUCAAAACUAUCCCAGUUUGCUUUAAAAAAAAAAAGUGAAACUGUCAACCCUGUUGUGACUCUCAACAGGAUAUGUCUGAAGUCACACAGGUCUCUGUAACUCAGACUUCUUUUUGCAUCAUGCAUUCUCCUGUAUAUUGAGUGUCAUCUGCAGUUGAACGUCCCAUUUGCCACGGCGAUUUCUUUAACCGGAUUGAAUCUGCCAGGGAGGGAGAGAGAGAGAGAGAGAGAGAGAGAGACAGACAGACAGAGAAAGAGAGUGUGUGUGUGUGAUGUCAGCACAGAUGCCAUGGUAUUAGUGCUAGCUAAUGUGCUGUUACUCUAGGAUGGUGGUAUUAGCUCAUAAAAAGCAGGGAAGCGUGGACUUGAUUACGUUUAAAUGUUUAUUACGCCUCUUGUAAUAUUAGGGCUAUAAUUUGACGACAUGCCUAGUUUAUUAUAUAGUUUUUUGAAUGUAUUUUUCAAUACACAGAUACGUAUUGAAUCGAGAGCCUCAUAUCAAACGAUACGAUGCAAUGCAAUACAAUACAUGACUCUGAUCAUCAUCUAGGAAAGUCAUAAGUAUCCAUUCCUGUCUGUUGUUAUAGCACUGACAGAACAGUUUAUUCAUUACCUUAUAACCUCGAUCAAGGGAAAAGGGGGCCACAUUUAAAAAGAAAAAAAAAUUCCUAUCUUUCAGCAUUCCAGUAACCAAAAAGUAUUUUCUAGAGACACAUUUUACUGUAUCAUGUUCAUAAUGACCACUUCUUCAUUUCUUGUUUUUUUCUUGUUGUUUACAGUAUGUUUAUUGUAUUUUUACUGUAAAGUGGAUAUUAAAAUCCUAAGCUGUGAUAAAAUGUGGUUGCAAGUGUGAGAUAUUUGCACCAAGUGGACUUAAUUUUGUGGGGGAGUUUUUACCUUCAAUGGAGCAACAAAGAGCCUUAAAGAAGGAAACCUAAUUUCCUAAAAGCAUUUAUAAGUACAAAGAUCACUUUUGAAUGGCAGAUUGAGUAUUACCAUAUGUAAUUGAGUAUUACCAUUGAGUAUUACCAUAUGUUAUUCACCUUAAAAUAUAUAGGGCUUGGCAUCACAUCACAUUGUGUAGCAUUGUGGAACUGGUCCACCAAUUGGUUGUUUUCACUGACUUCAUGUUCACAUACAUCACGAUCCAUUCUGAAGUCUUCAAAGAGAGACCAUGCGUCAGCUAUUUGUAGGCUCAUACCAAAACACGUCAGCCAUUUGUAGGCUCAUACCAAAAUGAACUGAUGAAAAUCAUUCAAAAAUGUCCUUCUCAGGGCGAAGUAUUCAGAGUUCUCACUGUGAAGACUGGAGCCUUCAGAGGGAAAAAGACAUGUACUCCUCACUUCACAACGGGCCACAGAAAUUAACUGUUCCAUUUAAACACUGGAUGUAAACAAUUUAUUAUGGUUUCAUUGUGACAAGCACUUGCAUGACAUGCUGAGGUAGAUCUCACAUACAAACAUAUAGAACUUUAUAUGGAUAUACUAUUUAAGAAGGUAAAAGGAUGACCAAAAAAGUCUAUCCCUACAGAUUAAUGAUACAAACACUGUACCUCUUACUACAUUAUGUUAUAUAGUUUUAUAUUAGAAAUUCUGUAUUAGCAAUUUACAAAUCCCUGGAAGUUCCUGGAAUUCACAAGUAGAUGAUCAUGACUUGAGGGUUAAUUGCAUGGUGACUUUUUAUCAUUUACGUAAGUGUUCUUGAUGUUACAAUUCAUUGAAGUGUUGUUUAAUAUUCACUAUUAAUCGACUGCUUGGUAAUUUCCCUAGAAAGGACACGUUUCACUAACAUGGAGUAAUUGUUCCUAAUAGACAAUGGAAAGGAAAAGCUGUCACUGAAUUAUAUUGUAACUUAAAAUCCUUACUCCUGGCAAAAAAAUAAAUAAAUAAAAAAAUGGGUUAUUCAACUUUUCUCCUUAGAGAAUUUCUUUUUAUAUUUGAGCACUUAGACAUUCAGUUUGAAAAAACAUUAAUUAAGUAAUAUCACUGCAGUGAUCAGCGAAGUGUAAUGUGAUUCCCAGCUCUUGGUAAUAGCCUUAAUUUCAUAGAUUUCUCUAUGACAAGAGGGACGAAAAAAGUAGAGUGUCGCAUAUCAUGUUUAUUAGAUGGAGUGGAUGGAAAUAAAUUGCAAAUUGAUUUACAAAGAAGCAAGAGAUCAGCGGAAAACAAAAGCUUCUGUAGGAUGAAAUAUGGGGUAAAAUCCAGUAGGUGAUGGGAUCAAUCCCUUGCCUGAGUAGCCUGAGAGAGUGCUACCUACUGAACAAGUCUCGUGUCAGAAAACAGUUUGCUGUACUGAUUCAUUGUUGCAGAGAACAAUGAAAGCUAGAGUGCCUUCUUAAAGAUCCAAACAAAAGCAAUAGUUUUCCAAGCAAGUAAUAUAUAAGCGAGUGUUUGUGAGAGAGAAGGAAAUGGAAAGUGGGUCAAAGGCAGUGGUAGUGCUCCUGCUUUUAUACAGUCUUCCUUUAUACAGACUCUUACUUGUGCUCCACAAUUACAUGCUUAUAUUCCACCCUGCCGUCCUUCUUCUUGAAUCAUAGGAACCAUGCUGCAAAGGUUUCUUCUCUCCACAAGCCUCUUUUUAGGACCUUUUCAUUCUGGCACACUG